AUGGCCAAAUUGCUGCUCAGUUCAGGCCAGGUUCAGGUCAUCGCAUCCUGCUUCGUUGUCGUGACUUGCACAUUUGCGCUCUUCAUUAGCGGUUACAUCAUCCAGCAAAGAACCCUCAACCAGCUCCGCACGGCAAUCAAACCGCGCGUUGAUACACGCCCGUCACCAAAAGUCUACCUCCCAGAGAAGUUCCAAGUGCGAACGAAGGAGCUUGAGGAUGGCCGAGUCAUCGACAUAGACACAGAAGCCGAUAUUGAGGUGCGACGCCAACGUCUACUGGUAGAGGUCAAGGAAUCGAAGCCCAAUGUCGACGUCGAGGAAAAUGAUGCCUCGGUGAGAAAUCUUGAGAUUAUCAAGCAGCUGCAAGCCAAGGUGGUGGACAAGAUGUCAACGCCUGAGGGGCAUGUCGAAGCACCAGUCGCAAAUCACAAGCCUGUCAGUAAGGCCAAGAGGAGAAAGAUGAUCAAGCAGGAGCUUCAAAAGUCGGCGCAGGCCGAGGAUGGACUUUACUACCAGCGCAGGAUGUGGUAG